AGUGGCGAGUGCACUGAAAAAAAAUUACUGAAUAUAAAAACCUUAGACUACCAUUAGGGCAUUAGUCACAAUCAAAUUGUUGAUAAAGUUACUAUCAAUAUAUUUUAUGACUGAUUGUAUAACACAGUAAACAAUUAAGUAUUUUUGUUCUAAAGUUUUAUCCUUAUCUAUUCAUACUAUCUCUCGCACCGAUUUCUUAUUUAUAUAUUUAUUAUUGUAUCCAGCAAGGCCUAAUGUUCUUAAAGUUUGAAUCUUAAAAAAGACAAUAAUGGAUGUCCUUUUAAAUGUAAAUAAUCAGUCUAAUGGACGAGAUAAACUUGCAAGGCUAGUACAGUAUGCCAGUAGACUAGUAUGGCAUCAGCUGGAAAAAAAUCAUGCUAAUAAGUAUUCCAUUGAACGAAUCAAAGGAUUGGAAAAUAAUCUUAGUUCAUUUAGAAAAGUUCUAAGAUUAGGAAGGUGCAUAGAUAUAUCUUAUGCAGCAUUAAAUACUAUUCAUAUACAGGACCCAUUCUUAAGAAUAUCCCUGACAGUUAGUAAAAUAGCCCAUGCAUUGUUUUUGUAUGCUGAUCAUAUAGUGUGGUUAACACGAAGUGGUUUUCUUAAAACUGAUUCAGACAAAUGGAAUCGCACAGCAAAUAAAUUUUGGCUAUUGUCAAUAACUGCAAAUUUAGCAAGAGAUGUAUAUGAAAUAUUACAAAUCUUAGAGUUAAACCAAACUACAUUGCUUAAACCGUCAGAAUUAUUAAGAGGACCUGUUAAUAGUUUUGAUGUUAAUGCUUGCAUUAAACAUUUAUAUGCUUUUAUUUAUUGCCAUAAAGAUAUCUUUAUAGAUACUUUAAAAAAUUCAUGUGAUAUUUUUAUACCACUGACUGCACUGGGUUUAACUAAAUUGAACCCAUCAACCAUUGGUGUUCUUGGCACAGUUUCUUCACUUGCUGCACUUAUAACUAUAGUAAAACCAAUUACUAAACUUGUACCAGCCUAAGUUAACACUAAAAACUUUUAGCGCUGUUAUAAUAGUGGUUGUGGAUUAUAAGAUUUCUACUGAUUAAUGUAAUUAAGGAAAAGGGGUAGUGUAUAUCAAAUAUUGUUCUCAUAUACCAAAUUUUUUAAUUAAUUUUAUAUAAAAUUCUUAUAAAUGUGGAAUUGGGGGUAACAUGGAUAAGGCCUAUACUGUAAAAUUACUUAAACACAAAGUAAUAACAAGUUACAAACAACUAUGAUAUUUCACCCUUAAGAAAUAAACGAAUUCGCCUUA